GUCAGAGCCCCCAGGAGCACAGCUCUGCAGAAGCAGCUGGGGUGUUCUAGGACACAGUUUCUCUGCAGAGCAUCUUUAGACCAAGCGCCUCUCCAUGUCCCCAGGCUCCACAUGAUGGACAUUUGCAUCUCAGUUUCCAUUGCCUCUGAGCCGCUUCAGCAAUUGCCGUGAAGCGUGCCCUUGCCUGCCGCUGACCUACAGCAGCCCUUGCCGGAGCUGGCCAGCUCUCUGUCCCAGAUCAUGGGCAGCACAACCCCUCCUGACCUGGAGCUGCCCCAGCGGCUGGGCCCCCGACCCAAGAAGACCCCCAAGAGCCCCAGAGAAGAACAGCUGCACCUGCUGAGCAGCCUAGCCCCUGUACAGACCCUGGCCAGGAUCAUCCAGCCUUGCUAUGGCCCCCACCAGCGGCAAAAGUUCCUGGUGACUGCUCAAGGGGACAUCGUGUGUACAGGCUCAGCCGCCGCCAUCCUCCGGGCACUGCAGCUGGAGCACCCUGCAGCCCGGCUUGUCCGGGAAGCAGCCCAGGCCCAGGCCGAGAGCAUCGGGGAUGGCGCUGCCUUUGUGGUCCUGCUGGCAGAAGCACUGCUGGAGCAGGCUGAGCUCCUGCUCAGAGCGGGCCUGGCCCGCACCCAGCUCCGGGAGGCCUACAGCACAGCCCUGGCAGAAGUCCUGGCCACGCUGCCUUCCUUGGCCAUCCGGGCCCUGGGGCCUUUGGAGGACCCCUCCUGGGCCCUCUGCUCUGUAAUGAACACGCACAGCCUGGCCCACUCAGACUACCUAGCCAAGCUGGUAGCCAGCGCGUGCUGGACCAGCAAAGAGCCUGGUGGCAGCUUUAAGCCCGAGCGCAUUGGGGUAUGCGCCCUGCACGGGGGCACGCUGUGGGACUCCUGCCUCCUCCCAGGACUCGUCACAGCUAUGAGGCCCUGUGGCCAAGUGACCGCGGUGCUAUCAGGGGCCAGGGUGGCCCUAUUCUUGUGCCCCUUUGGUCCUGCCAGGCCCAGUGCCCCUGCAACUGCCUGUCUCUGCAGUCUUGAGGACUUCCUUAUGUCCAAGAGAGAAAGCAGUGGACUCAUAGAAAAGCAGGUGGGCCAGCUGGCAGAUGCGGACAUCAGUGUAGCUGUGGUGUGGGGAGACGUAGACGCGGAGGCCCUUGCACUGGCUGACCAGCGGGGCAUCAUGGUGAUUCGGGCUGAAUCUCGGCGGGAAAUCGUGUACCUCAGUGAGGUGCUCAGCACCCCGCUCCUGACAAGUCUGCUGCCUCCACUGAAGCCGGGGCGGUGCCAGGGGGUUCACUUGCUGAAGCUGGGGGACCGCGAGGCCAUGGUGUUUGAGUGGGAGCAUGCAGGCGCCCCUGUCCUCACCGUGGUCCUCCGGGGAGCCACGGCUGAGGUGCUGCGGGGCGCAGAGGAGGCCGUCUACCAGGGCAUCGACACCUAUGCCCAGCUCUGUGAGGACCCCAGGCUGCUGCCAGGAGCCGGCUCCACGGAGAUGGCUCUGGCCAGGGUGCUCUCAGAGAAGGGGGGCAAGCUGGCUGGGCCCGAGGGGCCCGCUUUCCUGGCUUUCGCCCGAGCACUGAGGUCUCUCCCUAAAGCCUUGGCAGAGAACGCAGGCUUGGCUGUGCCACACAUGAUGGCAGAAAUGAGUGGCACCCACGAAGCAGGGAACUUCCUGGUGGGAGUGGGAAGUGAAGGGAUACUAAAUGUCGACCAGGAAGGGGUGUGGGACCCCCUCACAGCCAAAGCCCAAGGCCUCCGAGCAGCGGUGGAGGUGGUGCUGACGCUCCUCACCGUGGAUGAGUUUGUCCUGGCCAAGGCAAACCCACGCCCCCAGCAGACCUCAAACCCAGACUUUGUGAAGCCAACAGGAAGCCUGCCUCCACCCGCCCGUCACAGGGUGAGCUCGGACUGUAAGACACGCACAACUCAGGCCAGGAGUGAAUUCCCCAGGAGCGCCUGGUCCUUGCUGCGGGGACUGCUGGCGGUGCCACCGCCAUGUCCCCGGCGCUUCGAGGCCUCGGGCCUGGUCUGGGCUCCAGGUCGAUGCGAGGGACCCGGCUCUGGCUCCGUCGCGCAGCCGAGCGGCGGCUACGUCGGUCUUCUCUACCCUGCCUCGGCCGGAGCCCCGCGCCCCGGGCCGGAUCGGGGAAGGGACGUGGCCGGGGCGGAGGAGGCGGCUGGGGAGGGGCGGCUCGCCGCCGCGUUUCUGGGGCGGGACUAG